ACCCCAAAUUACUGUAAUCAGAGGAAGUCAGAGUGAACACGGUGCCAGUAUAAAAUCUUACUGCGAUGUGCCUUCCCACAUCGUUCCGGCUCUGAGGGUACAAGGACCAUGAAGGCUUUUCUGAUUGCCCUGCUGGUGGCAGUCCUGUGUGCCAAGCAAGCAUCCUCGAUGUUUUGCUACGUAUGCGAAAACGAACACUCCAACUGGAACUGUCUUAAAACCUACAAGUGUGAAGACAAUGAGAAAUUCUGUCUCACCACAUACAGUUCUGCUGGGUUGGGCAAAGACAUGGGACACCGCAUCACCAAGAAAUGUUCUGCAGAUUGUCCCGAGACAAAUGUGAACUUCGGUGUGGCGGCUUAUUCCACUAAAUGCUGUAGCACCUCCCUGUGCAAUUUCAGUGGUGCCAACAGCAUAAAAAUGAGCUACACCAUGAUGUUCCUGGGAGUUGUGGCCAGUUUGAUCUGUGUAAUCAAGGCAGGAUUGUGAUGAGGGGUGGGAGAAGACUGGACAGCCCAAGAACCUACAAGCUAUUCCCCAAGUGAGAAAACAACAUCCUCUGUCAAGUGUCUCCAACAGUGUCUAUGCUACCUUGGUUUUUCCAAGGCAUUGCUUCAGGUACCAUCCACAAAAUGGCAUGGCAGUGUAGCUCCUGUUUUUUCCCCUGUAUCAUUUGCUGUUUUGUACUAAUUUUCCCUGGGAAAGCCCUUUUGAUAGCGCGUGUGUGACAAUUGUCAGACAAAAUAAAGAUUUAUGUUAUUCUA